AUGGGCUCAGCACGCCUCCUCCUCCUGCUGUUCCUCGGCAUGCUGGAGCCAGUGGCACGAGGACAAGGAGCUUCUGCCUGCGCUUCCCAGAAUGCUUCGAGCUGCGAUGAAGUCGAGUUCCUGCAGAGCCGGCACGAGCGAAAGAGGAAAUUGCAGGUCACAGCCUGCUCCGAUGUCAAUCAGGAUUGUCGUGCCACCGGCUGCUGUGCCAACGAGGGCUUCACCUGCUACGAAAAGGACGAGCACUGGGCAUCUUGCCGUGAGAGCUGCGCUCCCGGCAUCAACCCCGCCGAUCCUCCCGAGUACCAAACGCCCUGGAGCUGCCACGUGGUGGUCGUAUGCUCGCAGCAGGGUCAGGACUGUCGUGGAUCCCGUUGCUGUGCAGACGAAGGAUUUUCGUGCUACGAGAAGGACCAGUAUUGGGCUUCUUGCCGCGAGAGCUGCAGUCCCGGCAUCAAUCCGGCUGAUCCGCCAGAGCACCAGACCCCAUGGAAGUGCAAUGUUCUCAGCAGGUGCUCGCAGCAGGGUGAGGACUGUCGCAACACAGGUUGCUGUGAAGACGAGGGCUUUCAGUGCUACGAGAAGGACCAGUAUUGGGCUUCCUGCCGGCAGAGCUGUCAGCCUGGUAUCAAUCCCAACGACCCGCCCGAGCAUCAGACGCCCUGGACCUGCAAUGUCAUCGGUGAUGGCCCGAGUCCUGGGCCGUCUCCGCCACCCGAAGAGAGGCCGUUUAGUACCGGAACGGUGGGCUCCAGCCUAGCCAGGAUGUACGAGAUGAGAGACGUCUUGACAAGUCAGCCUGUCUUGGGCUCGGCAGCCCGGGCAGUGCUUUCCUCUGGCGGGGCUGCAGGAGGUGUGGUGAGCGAAGGUCAGGGCUAUGGGCUGCUGGUGAGUGGCGCCAUCUUAGCGUCCCUGCCGGCGGAUCACCCGGACCACAACGCAGUCCUCGACCUUACCUACGAGUACUUCCUGGGCUGGCGCCGAAUGUGCGAGCUAUCAAACAGCCCAAGCAGCUGUCAAGAAGGCAACUUCCAGUGUGGCGGAGGGCAGUAUCCCUGCCUGCCCCACUGGAAGUUUGCAGUUGACCUGACCACGGUUCUGGAAACCGGGUCGGCCCCGGAUGGGGACGCCGACGCGCUGACCGGCAUGAUCCUGGCCGUACUGGCACUGGAUGCGCAGGGCUCCCAGGUUGCAUGGCUCGCCGAGGUGGGCCAGUGGGCCUUCGACACGUGCAGGCAGUUCUACAUUAGCUCGACGGUGCUGUCGAGCUCCGGCAGGCAUCGCAUCGUCAAGCUAGGGGCUUGCUGGGGCGGUUGGGGAGAAGCUGGUCAGAACCCAAGCUACCACGCCCCGGCUGUUUACCGGCUUUGCCGCGACUACAUGAAGAAAGAGGCUGGGCGGUACGGAUCCUCCGCCACUGAAGGUGACGACCUGGAGGCAGAAUGGAACAAAGUCAUCAUGACCAGCUACAAAGCCCUCUGGUCGGUCCAGUGCCCCUCUACCGGCCUGGUACCGAACUGGGCCAAAAUCUGGGAGGAGGGCGACGUCUUGAAGUCUGCGGGCGGAUUCUCUGGCAGCGGAACCCCCGGCCAAGAGUUCGGGGCAGAAGCUGCUCGUACGAUGUGGCGCGUGGCACUGGACCACCUCCUCUUCCCUGAUGCUGGUGAAGCCAGGAGCUUCCUGAAUCCCGUGGUGGCGCAUCUGGAGACAAAGGAGAGAUGGACAGGAAAUUGGUGGGACAACUGGAUUGAUUACCUCAAUGUCGACUACAGCUGCCUCGUCAACCAAGUUUUUGGAGGUUGGUCUUGGAACUGGUUCAUCGCCGGUCCGACAUGGAGCUCGCUGGUCUGCCCUGUGGACUCCGUUCAAGCAGGACGGCAGCAACAGCUGAUCGAUGCAGCCGGACAGCGGCUUGUGCACCAGGCGAUGUGA